AAAAAAUACACAAAUCGUUGACUUUGCGAUUGAUUAUUUUUGUACGUCUUUUAGCGAUAUUAUGACCUUUUAGAUGAAUAUUUGUAAUGAUGUGGAACACAGAGGAAGCUUAUAAACUUACUGAGUCAAUAUACAGGAAUCUUUCAGAAAGUUUCAACCCAGCAAUUCGCCAAAUUAUAGCAUGUGGAAAAGCAUAUCAUAAAGCACUUAGUGCUGUGUCUUCACCUGCAAAAGCUUUCAUCGAAGCACUGGCCAAGGCAGGACACAAUGGGCAGAAAGUUGGUAAAGGUGGCACAGAAGAAUUGGGUGCAUCUAUUUUAAGGAUUGCUGAAAUUCAAAAGGAAAUGCAUACCAAGUUUGAGGAAUGUACUCGUGCAGUUUUUUCCGAGUUAAUCAUCCCAUUAGAAAACAGGCUGGAUAAUGACUUCAAAAAUGCUACAGCGGAACACAGGAAGUACCUGCAUGGACACAAGGGGUUUGUGUCCCCAUACAUCAAGUCACACGAAGCCCUGAGAAAGUUUCAAAAGAAAAGCAAAUCAAAGAGAACAUUUGAUGAGCAGAAAGAGUCCCAGUAUGUCAGAGCUGUUACAAGAUGCAAAGAGAAACUAGAUGAGUUCCGUAUCCAAGGAUUAAAACUGGCAUUGUUGGAAGAACGGAAAUACUACUGCUAUCUGCUAGAUAGACUGUCGUCACUCUGUAUGUUCCAGGCAACCUACUGCAAACGGGGUUUUGACAUGUUGAUGCCCAGUCUGUCUGAGUGGAAGCAGAUGAGCUGUCAGCCUCACAUCCUUCCCAGGGCAGCAGACGGCUUCCUUCGACCAAUCGAUGAUAGGUGUGAGAUGUCGAUGAGUUCCCCGGACCCGUACCGACAUCACAAUGGCUAUGGCUAUGCAAGCCAGGUUUCUACCUACAGUAGUCCGGCCCGCAGGCUGACCACCGAGCAGGCCGAGAUGAUGCACUACUCAUCAAAGGGAGACUAUGCUGUACCCGCUGCAGUUCUCAUUGGACAGAGCAAAACCCUGCCGAGAAAAGCACCCACAGGUCCCCCAGGGCUCCAUGGUCCCCUGCAGGGUCCACCACAGGGUCAGUGUGUCCGAGCGAUAUAUUCCCAUAUGGGUUCGAGCGAUAACCAGCUGACGUUUGCUGACGGGGACAUGAUCACACUGAUUGGGGAGAAGGCUGACGGAUGGCAGUAUGGAUACAACGCAAGGAAUGGAAAAUAUGGAUGGUUUCCGCUGUCUUUCACGGAGGACUCUGAAGCCAGUGAUCUUGAUGUGAGCCAGCCACAAGGACUCCACCAUCGUGCUAAGAGUAUCGGUGACCUGAUUGAUGCCCGAUCUGACAACAGCGUCUACUCAUUUGACACAGACGUGGCAGGCAGUAACCGCCGCCCCCGCUCGCUCUACGAGGGUUCAGGAAUGAGGCUGGUGCAUCCAGGACAGCAGUGGACGAGCACACCUAGGUUAGAUGACUCGUUUGCCUUCAACAGUAGUACAGAUAGUGCUCCUGUUGGCAAUAGUCCGGGGUCCUAUCCACUGCCUCCUCCCCCAGCACCACAGCAAAUCUAUCAGACGUUGCCUGAUGCUAUUUAUGAUAGGCAGCAGCUUAUGAGGAACAGACGACCUGAUUCUUUGCCAUCCCCGAGCAUGCUCACUCCAGGAAAACAUUUCAUGCAUGAUUCUUUUCCUGCACAUCCUAAUUACCCACCCCCAUCUCCUCCCUUGCCACCUCCCCCACCACCUCUCAUUGCUCAAGAUCAUUCAGAAUAUUCAUCACAAUCGGUCACCCCGGUAUCCACCCCGACAUCGCUUUCUCAAACUCCCACCCAUUCAAUGAGUUCGUCAGCUUACCCUACCUCCCUGUCACGCAGUCCUAGCGUGCGCUCCCUCUAUUACCUCCCUGUGGAGGUAGAAUGUAACCCUCCCCAGCUGCAGCGUAAACUAAGUACACGGUCGUACCACCCGUCAAUGGAGUACGCGUCUGCUACCCCUACGCAUCAGUCGAGACCUCGGUCUCACAGUCAGUCGAGUAGGAAAGACAACAAACGAUCUAAAUCUGUGGGCCGCAUUCCUAAUGGGAAAAGACAUUCUCCUAUCCCCCCUCCACUGCCCAAGAACCCUCCCCCAUCUAUUCCUCCUCCUAUUCCUAGGUCUUUUGAGAGUCAGAUUUCUAUGAGUAUGCACAAUAUUUCAUCUGUUUGCACCACUUUGUCUCAGAAUUCUGCACAUAGUCUCGGACUAGAGAGAGAUCUGCGCAAUCGAGGAGACAGUCCCAAUAUUCCCCCGCCUCAACCCCCGCACCACCCGGACGAUGUGUCGGAUCUGCCACCACCACCACCAACAGACUAUGGACAGGAUGACAGCCACCAAAGAAAUCCAAUGUUUGCCAGUGUCAAGCUUCGAAAAGCCGAGACUAAUGAUCGUUCGGCUCCGAGAAUAAACUAGACAACUCGUGAACCCGAAAACCUGACUGAAGGAUACCAUGCAAUGAUUUGUGUUUUGUAUUUUAUAUUUUUAAAUAGCCUUGUUAACAAACUCACUUUUCUUUUAGAUCAUAUUUAGGCAUGUAUAACCUUCAUAGAUGUCAUCAAUAUAAAAACAUUCCUUAUGCUUUGAUGGUAGCAGUAGCUCUUAUGGGUGCCUGCACAAAAUGAUUUCCACAUGGGUGAAAAUCUGCUUGCCUUAUCACAAAUUUAAAAUUACUGUCAAUUUGUCACAGGGUAAUUGCUCUCCCACAUAAUUUUUAAACCAUAGGCAUUGGGGAAAAAAAACCUUAAACAAAAGGGACAUUUUUAACUUUUCAUGGAUCACAUUGACAUGAGACUUAACUGGAUGGAAUGAAAUUAGAGAAAAUAUUUAAUACCUGUUGAUAAACCCCAUACAAUUUUAGUAAUAAAUAUUAUUGUUAAAUCAUGUUAGCCCAUAUCAUUUAAUUGGAUGUACUAAAAUUAGUUGAUGUAAGUUAGUUGGAUGAAGUCAUCUUGACACUUUUGUUUUUAAUUUUUUUAAAUAGUUUUGAACUAGUUCUUUAGAAGUGCAUUCAACCCAUGUUCAAUGGUAUGUAGCAUCAAUCCCACUGCGUGAACCCAUAUGGUUUUAUUCAAUUCCAACCGGUAUUAUCAGCCUUUUUUUGUGUUAUCCUAUAUUUGGCAAAGUACUUAUAAAAUAUUUUUGCCACAGAUCAAAAUUUUGUGUCACAAUUACCAUAUUUGUACAUCCAAUAGUUGCUGAUUAAAUAAUGUGCUGGGGUGUUGUUAUUUUUUGUAUAUGGUUCUUAACAUAGAAAGGAAUAUUCUAUGUGAUGUGUUCAUUAGAGGAUGGUAGAACACCAGGGUUAGCAGCUACUAACACCAGAGUUUGUGUCUGCAAUACCAGAACCUCUUUGGUGUAUAAUACAUGUUCUACUUUAAAACAUAAUGAACACCCUAACUUUCCUUUCUUUUCAACUUAUUUUUAUGCUUAUAUCUAAUUAAGGUUCAAGCGUGCUGUCC